UUUGGGAGCCCAACACACCAAGACACUGAGAUUUGGGAGCCCAACACACCGGGACACUGGGAUUCAGGAGCCCAAGGCACUGAGAUUUUGGAUUUGGGAGCCCAAAGCACCGAGAGUUGGGAUUUGGGAGCCCAACACAUCAGGACACCAAGAUUUGGGAGCCCAAGGCACUGGGGACACCGUGAACGGCGCAAUUUUCCAUUUUCACCAGCAAAGUGGGACAAACCGAGAGAUUUCUGAGGAGGGGGGAUGACUUUGCCCGUGUUUUAGCCCGGGAGGGAGAAGGGAGGGGAUGGAAGCCCCCAUCCUGGGGGCUUGUUUUCCAUCUCAGAGCCUCGCUAAGAAAAAAAACAUCCCAAAUUUGGGUUUCUCAGGGAAAGGAUGUGAAGACACUCCAGAGUUAAAACCAGCUCCGGUCAUUUCUCAGAAAACCUCCAAAAAAACCUCUGUGGAAUCAGAAAACAAAUAAACGUUGAGAGGAUGAGAAUUCAUCCCUUACCUUCUGGUUUUUAUCCCAGUUUUCUGUCUCUCCUCUCCGGAGGUGGUUGGACAAUGCCACGGUGUCCUCUUCUGGAUGAGGAGGAGUGGGGCUGACGGCUCCCCGGGGGUGGUUUGCCCCCCAAAACACAGCUUGAGGGAAAGGCUCGACCCAGUGGGGCAGCCCCACACCUCGCCAUGGAUGGGCUGGGAGCUGGGGACCACGUCGGGGGGUGGCCAGGGAGAUGUCUCCCACCGGGCCACCAGCCCCAUGGCUCGUGGUCGGCUUCCAUCCAGAGCUCCAGGGGUGGCACCGGCCCCCCGGAUCCCUCGGAGGUCCUCCUCGUCACCACACACCUGAGGAACAUCGACAGGAAACUUCAGGAUUUCCGCCAGCUCUUCCAAAAAGGAGAAGUUCAUUCAGCUUCUGUGGAAGCCAAACUGGCAGAGUUACUGCGAGCCAUCUCCUCCUUCAGGAACACACACCCUGCUUUGACCGGGGAUGCCAUCCAACCUGCCGUGGCCACCCUCAUCGCCAACGCCAACGGUCUCCACAACCAAGAGAGGACGCCUGAAUCCAGGAAGAGGUACAGCGAGAUAUUCCGCAGCCUGGAUGCCCUAGAAAUCUCAAUCGGAAACGAGACAGUCGAUACCUUCAUUGGUGACGCCGACGACCCAGACCUGGCUGCAGAAAGCGAGGUGGUUCCGUCGGAGGAAACUUUCUGCAAGAGCCAAACCAGCUCAGAGAGGCAAGUGCAGGCAGAUGUGACAGUUCAGGAGGCAGACGAGAUGCUGAUAAAAUGCGAAGGUGGCAUCGAGGCGGCCCUGGAAUAUGCCAAAAUGUGGUGUAAAUACGUCAAAGAGCUGCUCAGCUGGAUCGAAAAGCGUCUGAGCUACGAGACGGAGUUUGCCAAAGGGCUGGUGAAGAUCGCGGAGGGGGGACGCAACGCCAUCGCCCAACAGCACAACAUGCCCCUCCGGGCGCUCUACACCAUGGUCCUGGAACACGACAUCAAGGUUGGGAAUUCAGCGGGCGAGACGGUGGGGUUGCUCCAACAGAAGGAAUUCUACCAGCCUCUCUCAGCCAAGAAGAAUGAAAUUGAGAAGUGGAGGAAAGAAUUCAAAGAUCAGUGGACAAAGGAGCAGAAGAGAAUGAACGAAUCCUUGUCCUCCCUGCGCAAGUCCCGCCUCCAGUACCUCCAGCGCUGCGAGGAGCUGGAGAAGGCAAAGCACUUGAGCGCCAAAGCCGAGGAGGAAUUCCAGAACAUGGCCACCACCAACCCCGGCAGCGCCAACAAGCAGCUGGAGAAGCGGCGCCGUUCCUGCGAGGAGGCACAAGCCAAGCUUCAGGAGGCCGAAGCUUGGUACAAGACGUGCAUCAGCGAUGCCAACUUUCGACGCCAAGAGCUGGAGAAAGUACGAGCCCGGAUCGUCACCCACGUCCGGAAGCUCAUUUUCCAAGGGGAUGAGGUGCUGACGUGGGUGACUUUACGGAUGUUCAAGCAGCGGCAGACGCAGUCAGAACAGAUUCCAGUGGGGUACCAGCACCUCUCCGAGGUCUGCAAGCCCUACAAAGCUGGUGAGAAAUACCUGGAAUUCAUUCAGGCUCUGCAGAAGAAAGACAUUGACAUGGAAGUGUUUGAGUUCGAGCCACUCGCUUACGGAGGGCAGAGGUCCCCUCCCAGCAGCAGAAAGAAGGUGCCUUUGAAUUUCUCCGGAGCUUCUUCCGCAGCGAGGGAUGCGAGCACGCCCGAGGAGAUGGCCAGGAGGCAGCUCCCCACCAACGGUGACCAGAGUGCCAACAGAUCCCUCUGCAGCGACACAGAAAGCCUCGGUGGGAGCUGCGAAUCCCGAUCCCUGGACUCUCCCAGUUCUAGCCCAGGAAACUCGAAUAGGAAGCUGUUGAAGGCUCCAUCCACCGGGACCAUGUCCUCCUCGGAUGAUUUCGAAGAGCGAGAUUCCCUGCAGACCUUUGAAAAUGAAAACGGUUCGUCCCAGCAGCAGUUCAAGAGCAUCCCCCUCUCCAGCGCGGCCCAGACCCAUCGGCUCAGGAAGCUGCGGGGACCAUCCAAGUGCAGGGAUUGCGACACCUUCAUGGUCAGCGGCUUCGAGUGUGAGGAGUGCUGCCUGACCUGCCACAAGAAGUGCCUCGAGAACCUCCUCAUCACCUGCGGCCACAAGAAGCUGCCCAACCGAGCACCCCUUUUCGGCAUCGACUUCACGCAGGUUCCUCGAGACUUCCCGGAGGAAGUUCCCUUCGUUGUGGUGAAAUGCACCUCGGAAAUCGAAGCCCGUGCCCUCGGGGUGCAGGGAAUCUAUCGGAUAAGCGGAUCCAAAGCCCGGGUGGAAAAGCUGUGCCAAGCGUUUGAGAACGGCCGGAGCCUGGUGGAGCUCUCCGAGCAUUCCCCCCACGACAUCACUGGUGUCCUGAAGCAUUUCCUGAAGGAACUUUCGGCGCCGGUGCUGCUGUCCCACCUCUACAACGACCUCAUUGCGCUCGCCAAAGAUCUGCAAAAACCCGGGGAGGAGAAGGUGGAUUGUGGGGGCUUCCCUUCGGAUCCCAUCCAGAGCAUGAAGGACUUGUUGAGCAAACUGCCUGGAAGCAACUACAACACUCUGCGGCACCUCAUCGCACACCUCUACCGGGUGGCAGAGAAGUACGAAGAGAACAAGAUGUCCCCAAACAACCUGGGCAUAGUGUUUGGGCCAACCCUCAUCCGGCCGGGCUCGGGGAGCGACGUCUCCAUGUCCUGCCUCGUCGACUCCGGGUAUCAAGCCCAGAUCGUGGAAUUCCUCAUCCAGAACUACGAGCGGGUCUUUGGGAUGGACGACCUUCCUCCCUCCUUAUCCCUCGGCUGCGAAAACCCCUCGCAAGAAACGACACCAGAAAAGGAUGAAGGACCUCAAAGCCCAAACACAAGCCAGAGUUUAACGUUAGAGCAGGGUUUAAACGUGGACUCUGCCUCGGAGAACUCCUCUUCCAGGGAAGCCAUCAGCGAGCCGGAUCCGGAGGGAUCCCCAUCCAGCGUGGAGGCCCCAGAGCUGGAGGAGCUGGAGGACCCCGUGCAGGAGAAGACAGACAGCGACUCGGAGGUGGCCCCGGGGGCCCAGCCCCGUUGCCAUUUCAGCCGCCAGCCCGCAAAAUACAUCCGAGCCCAGGCGAAAACCAAGCCAGUCAUUCCCAAAUCUUCCAGCUUGCCCUUGAGGGCCACCACUGUGUUAGCCAACGUGGCCACGGAGGCUGGGGUAGAAGGUAACCCCACCGACGGCGGCUCCACCACCAAGGAGGUGAUGGAGGAGAGCGGCUGGAGCAGGGAUGGCUCCAGUGAGGCCAUCAGGCAGCGCCCGGCGGGGAGGCAGCAGCUCAAACGUUUUGAGAUGACGCAAGAAACCGCCAGGAUCAUCUCAAAGUUUAAGGUUGAAGAAGCCUCCACCACCCCUGAGCCUCCCCCGGAGAGCGCGGGGUCAACGGAGAAAGCAGAGGAGGAAAACCCAGGGACGUACCUCUAGGAAAAACCCUGAAGAAUAAAAAAAAUCAGAGCCAGAAAGGGAGAGAGGACUGAAAUCCCAACAAAGAACAACCACGGGGUGAAAAUACCAUCCUAUUUGGGAUUUUCCACACAGGCUGGAGAACAGGCUGCUGUGAAUCACCUGGCAGGCUUCAGGCUCAACCUGGAUUUGCUUUUUAUUCCUUCAAAACUCCAGAUGAGGGAUAAGGAGCAAAACUCAAUGGUGGUCUCUCUCUCUCUGGAAUGUGCCCCGCUCAGCGUGAAGGACAACGUGAGAAGUAGAGGAAACACAGAUGGAGAGAUGUAGCCAGGAAGGAGGCGACUCCAAUAUCGGGCACAAAACGUCCCCAAAUGGUCAUUUUUCCAGCAGCUGCAACAAGCACUGAUUUUUAUCAUUUUAUUUCAUGAGGGUUUUGGGUGUAACUCAGUUUUUGAAUGUCAUAGACCAGGGUACGUGGGCGAAGCUUGGGUGCUCUGGGUCCUUCAGUGGGAACAUCCACUCACUCACCAGCACAGAGUCAUUCUGGAAUGGGGAAAGACACCAAGUUGGACCCAUUUCUCCAGAACACGGGUUCUGUUUCCCUCAAAACACGUUGAACUUCUGCAAUUCUUCCACACAAAGCUGCUGCUGCCACCAUGAAGGCAAAGGAGGUGGUUUUCUGGGGUCUAAAACCAGAUUUCUCCGACUUGAUGGGUCUCCAUCUCGCCUUCACGUGGGUGACCCCUUUCUGCCUCCCUGCAGUGGGUUUUUCCUUCCACUGGGUUUUUAAACCCAGGAAAGGGAGGUCUAUUCUGCCCUGGGGAGGUCCCAUCUGGAGCA